UCACGUCUAUUAUUUUUCUCUCAUCUUUUAUUCGAGAACCAAUCAGAUUUGCAGUUUCUGAAGAAAUGGAAUUUGUGAACACCUCUCCACCAAGAUAUGAAUGUCUCCUCUUUGAUUUGGACGAUACUCUUUACCCUUUCAGCUCUGGUUUAUCAGACGCAUGCACCAACAACAUUAUAGAAUUUAUGGUUGAAAAGCUUGGAAUAGAUGAAGAGGGAGUAGUUGAGCUAAAUGAUAUCCUUUACAAGAAACAUGGAACUACAAUGGCUGGGCUUAAGGCUGUAGGUUAUGAAUUCGAUAAUGACGAGUACCACAGCUUUGUUCAUGGGAGAUUACCUUAUGAAAAUCUUAAACCGGACCCGGUUCUGAGAAAUCUCCUCACUAGUCUACCUUUCCGAAAAUUGAUUUUCUCGAAUGGAGAUGAUGGUCAUGUGAUGAGGGCUCUAAAAAGACUCGGCAUUGAAGAUUGUUUUGAAAGAAUCAUAAGUUUCGAGACCUUAAACCCUGUGAUCAACGAGGCUGAGGUUUCUUGCGAGACAGGUCAUCUUCCCGAGAAUCCUGUUAUCUGUAAACCAACCGAGAUUGCUUUCGAGAAAGCAUUCGAAAUCGCUCAGCUUGAUCCUCACAAAACCUUGUUCUUCGACGACAGUGUCCGGAACAUCCAAACCGGAAAAGCCGUUGGUCUCCAUACAAUCUUGGUAAGAACCGGUUGACAUGUUAAACAAUACCUA